CCCAUCCCAUAUUCUCAGCAGCACUCAACACACGAAAUCAAUCCAUUAUGAACUCCAUUUCCUUUCCCUCACCACCAACUCAAUCCCUCCUAAAUUCAUCAAACAAACCACUUAUUUCUUCUCUUUCACCUCAAGUUUUAUUCAAAUUCAACACCACACACCUUAACACAUCUCAUCUACCCACCCGACCACGUAUUAUAACCGCCAAAGCCUCGGCCACCGCCUCUUUAAUAUCGGCGCCCGAGAAGGAGACAUUGUACGACCUGCUUGGUAUCUCGGAGAACGUCACGCUCUCUGAGAUCAAACAGGCGUACAAAAAAAUGGCAUUAAAGUACCAUCCUGACGUGUCGCCCCCGGACAGGGUGGAGGAGUACACUGUCAAGUUUAUUCGGGUUCAAGAAGCCUAUGAGACGUUAUCUGACCCGGAAGCUAGGUCCAUGUACGAUAGUUGUAAGGCGAACGGGUUCGCCUUUUCGGGUAAGAGAGAAACCCGGUUUGACACCAGACCCGAUGAUAAAAACCGAUGGAAGGAGACGUGGGUCGAGCAAAUAUCGGAGCUCCAGCGGCGGGGCACCCAGAGCACCGACAGAGGAAUGUCCUGGGCAGCCCGGAUCCGGAAGCAACGGAGCGAAUAGUGUUAGUGGGUCGGCUAUUUAAGUCUUUGCAAAUACUAUAUAUUUAUUUAUUUAACUUUUUAGUUUUUUGUUUAGGAUGUGUAUUAUUACUCUGUAAUUCUGUAUGUAUAUUCGCAAGUGUUUUUAUGAUAUCAAAGUUGAGCAAUAUAUGGAAAUUGAUGCUUUAAUCC